UUCUCGACACCUCUCCUUCAGAACCAACUUUGCGAUGUCAAGCUCCAAACUUGUCUCUGUUUUCUUCUUUGGAUUUUUGCUUCUCUGUUCCUUCACAGACUCUCCUGCAAGCGCUCAACUUAUACCCCAAGAUGAAGUGAAAACUCUUCAGGCAAUAUCUGAUAAAUGCAACAACGUAAAUUGGACGGUUACACGGAGAUCUUGCAUUAAUGCGACGGCUGGAUUUAAUAAUUACAUGAUUAAUAUGUCCCUACCCAGUCCUCACAUCCAAAUUGCCAGCAAUGUCACUUGCGAUUGCUCCUUCCAAAGCGGCACCGUUUGCCAUGUCACUAAUCUUUUGUUGAGAGGCCUGAAUAUAUCUGGAGUUAUCCCCACUGAACUUGGAGAUCUCACCCAGCUGAAUAUCCUUGAUCUCCAUUACAACUAUCUGAAUGGUACAAUUCCAACGUACUUUACUCGCAUCCCUAUUACCAAUCUGGCCAUUGUGGGGAAUCGAAUUAGUGGUUCAGUUCCUUCUGUGUUUGGUGAAAUUGCUACUCUACAGGAGCUGGCCUUGGAAGAUAAUCGGCUCGGAGGACAUCUUCCUCAAAGUCUUGGAAAUUUGCGUAACUUACGAAGAUUACUUCUUUCUGCAAAUAAUUUUACAGGGAUAAUACCAGAAACGUUUGGAAAUCUCAAGAACCUUACUGAUUUUAGGAUAGAUGGGAGCACAUUAUCAGGGAAGAUACCAAGUUUUAUUGGGAAUUGGACAGAAUGUAUUUAUUUGAAUAUGCAGGGCACAGGCAUGGAAGGGCCCAUUCCUUCCACCAUAUCUUUGUUGAAAAAUUUGAAAGAAUUGAGAAUAUCUGAUUUGAGUGGAAACACAACCAUGAAAUUUCCUAAUUUGAAGCAUAUGAAGAUUUUGGAACGACUGGUACUGAGAAAUUGCUUAAUUACUGGUGACAUUCCAAAGUACAUUGGCGAAAUGAAAAACUUGAAGACUUUAGACCUGAGUUUUAACAGAUUGACUGGUUCAAUACCUAACUCAUUUCAAGAGUUGCAUUUUAAUCACAUGUUUCUGGCAAACAAUUAUCUGAAUGGAACAAUUCAAGAAUGGGUGGUGGAGAACAGAAAUAAUAUUGAUUUAUCACAUAACAAUUUUACUAAGGUUUCUACAUCUAAUUGCCAGAACUUGCAAGUGAACUUAGCUGCUAGUCUUUCAUCAGCAGGAAAAAAUGCAACCUUCUGUUUCAAGAAGGGCCUACCUUGUCCAAGAACACCUCAAUAUAACUCGUUGUUCAUUAACUGUGGAGGACCAAAGAUGAAGUUUGAGGGGAAUGAAUAUGAAGAAGAUUCCAAUGCAAAUGGCAUUUCGUACUUCAAUAUCAAAGAUGACAAAUGGGCUUAUAGCAGCACAGGAACAUAUAUAUUUAAUGAUAAAGCUGAUUAUGUAACAAGUGUGACAAAAAAUGAGUUUUCUUUGAAUGUUAAUGGCUCAGAAUACUACCAAACAGCCCGUCUCAGCCCUUCGUCACUUAAGUACUAUGGACUAUGCAUGCUAAACGGUAGUUAUAAAGUAAAGCUCCACUUUGCAGAGAUAAUGUUUUCUGAUGACCAAACAUUUAGCAGCCUUGGUACACGCAUAUUCAAUGUUUCAAUUCAAGGUUUGAAAUACUUGAAAGAUUUUAAUAUUGCGGAGGAAGCUGGUGGAGUUGGUAAGGGCAUCACUAAGGAAUUUGAUGUUGAUGUGAACGAUACCACUUUGGAGAUUCAUUUAUAUUGGGCAGGGAAAGGAACUACUUCAAUUCCCACUAGAGGUGUAUACGGACCUCUGAUAUCAGCUAUCACAGUGAUGCCAAACUUUAAAGUUCCUUCACAAGGGCUCUCUGUUGAUAACCAAAGGAAUGAAAAAGGGUUUUCUGAUGGAGCUGUUGUUGGAAUUAUGGUUGGAUUAUGUGUAUUCCUCAUACUGGUGUUACUCAUUAUCCUUCGAAAGAAUGGUAUCCUUUAUGGGAAAGAUUCACAAGACAUAGAUCUUAAGGGCUUGGAUCUUAAAACCGGUAUAUUUACCUUAAAGGAAAUCAAAGCAGCAACGAACAACUUCAAUGCUGAUAAUAAGAUUGGAGAAGGAGGGUUUGGUCCUGUUUAUAAGGGCAUUCUCAAAGAUGGCAGAAUAAUUGCAGUUAAGCAGCUAUCUACUAAAUCAAGGCAAGGAAAUCGUGAAUUUCUAAAUGAAAUAGGCAUGAUUUUUGCUUUGCAACACCCUUGUCUUGUUAAGCUUCAUGGCUGUUGCGUUGAAGGAGAUCAGUUGUUGCUCAUAUAUGAGUUUAUGGAUAACAAUAGUCUUGCUCGUGCUUUAUUGGGCCCAAAAGAACUCCAGAUAAAAUUGGAGUGGCCAACAAGACACAAGAUUUGUAUUGGGAUUGCGAGAGGUUUGGCUUACCUUCAUGAAGAAUCAAGAUUUAAAAUUGUUCAUAGAGACAUCAAGGCCACUAAUGUGUUGCUUGAUAAAGAUCUCAACUCCAAGAUAUCUGAUUUUGGUUUGGCCAAGCUUUAUGAGGAGGAAAAUACACACAUUAGCACCAGAAUUGCUGGAACUCGUGGUUAUAUGGCUCCUGAAUAUGCAAUGCAUGGAUAUUUGACUAAGAAAGCAGAUGUUUAUAGUUUUGGAAUCGUUGCUUUGGAAAUUAUCAGUGGCAAGAUCAACACCACUCAAAAGUCAGAGGAAGAAUGCUUUUAUCUGCGUGAUUGGGCACAUCAGUUGAGAGACGGAGGUAAUUUGAUGGAUCUGGUGGAUCCAAAGUUGGGUGAGGACUUUAAUAGAGAGGAAAUAAUGACUAUGAUUGAUGUGGCGCUCCAAUGCACUGAAAACAAUCCAAAACUUAGGCCUACCAUGUCUAAAGUGCUUAGCAUUCUUGAAGGCAGGCCUGCUGAUCUGGAGGUAGUCUCAGAUGAUGAAAGUGAGAUUAUGGAUGAUGACUUGAAAUUGAAAUCGGCCAUGAAAGAAGAAGCUGAUAAAGAUGAGACUAAUCAGGCCAUAAACUCGUCAAGCCAUGAGUGUCAGACCACAUCUCAACCCUUUUCAGAAGUCUAUCAGGCCAGUAAAGAUUCUUCUUCCUGGGAGAAAACCAACUAGCUGUAUAUAUCUUAAACAUGGCCUCCUCAAGUUAAACAUGUUUAUCUUGCCAUAGUUUGAUGGAUAUAUUAUGUUAAUAUUGUACUAUAAAUUCUC